AUGGCAUCGCCAACGAAAGUACAAUUUCCCUCUUUUAUGCUGACCAUCUGUGGUGAGCUGUAUGCUCCUAUAGAAGGGUCACCGGAUCGCAAAGGAGCAGCCGUUGUAGUAAGCCACCCUAUGACCGGUGUGAAAGAGCAGACUUCUGCAGAUUACGCCAAGGUUCUCGCGAAAGCCGGCUUCUAUGCUCUAACGUUCGAUGCUGGCUAUCAAGGCGAAAGCACCGGCGAACCACGAGGACUUGAAGACCCUCACCAACGGGUCGAAGACUGCAAGGCUGCUGUGACCUACCUGUCCACUCUCCAAGGAAAAGUUGACCGCGACCGUAUUGGAGUAUUAGGCAUUUGCGCUUCCGGUGGCUACACAUCCUACGCGGCGCAAUCCGACUGUCGCAUUAGAGCCCUCGCCACCGUGAGUGCUGCGUGCGUCGGUCGCAUGACUCGAGACGGGGGUCUGCAUGAAGAGAACAGCAACAAAGAGGAUUCUCAGGCUAUUGCCGGGGCCUUGAAGGCCGCUGGCAACUGGCGAGUCGAUGAGAUGCUAGCUCCGGUUCAUCAGCAAGCUCCAAAGAUGUUCUCGGUAGAUCCGUCUGAAAUCCCGGCGGAUGCAGAUUCGUUCUUCAAAGAUGCGGCGGCUUACUAUGGAUCGGAACGUGGCCACCACGUGCGGUCGGAUCAGCGAGUUCCCCUCAUGAGUUACGACUUGAUGGUCUCAUACGAUUCAUUUAAUCUUCAACAUCUCAUCUCGCCUCGCGCUCUGUUGAUGAUUGCUGGGUCCAACGCUCAGACAUUUCAUUACAGUAGGACGGCAGUCGCAGCGGCCAGAGAACCUAAAGAGCUGUUCACCGUCGAAGGGAAGAAUCAUUUCGAUUUAUAUGAUGAUCUCGAUAAAUCUGGCCCAAAGCUGGUGGACUUCUACGGGAAAUAUCUCUGA